AUGAACGAAGGCCUUCGUUCAUAUUCGCCCAGUUUACAGUCACCCAAUCCACAAUCGCCGAGAAGGUUACAGCGCCGUCCUUCACAUGCACCGUCCUACCUCCUUACACCACCGCCGUCGCCCGCAAACAAGAGCACUGUCAUAGCCAUCGAUGCGUCGAAACCGCAACAACCCAAGAUGGUUGCACAUAUCCAACGCAUCGAGCUACCAUCAAAUCGACACGUCCGCAGCGAACUCACACCCCCACCAUCUCCAGAACCGCGGCGACGCGUACUUCCAAGUGCUUUACCAACCAUGCCGUUUCCUGGCAAGCCCCUCAUAACCUCAUGGAAUAUCUUCCUCCCACCCUCGCAAAUAUACUCAUUAUAUCUUGGGUAUGCACCAAAGGACAUGGAUGAUAAGUGGUAUAUAUACAGCGAGGGUCCUGAUCAGACAGGAAAACUGAAAGUCCAUUUCCACCGAAGUUGGACUGGACUGAAGGUGGCAGAACUGUUCGUGGUCAUGGAUACAAAGGGCGAGGGCGCUGGAAAGAUUGUAGGAAUCAAGUGGAACGGGGAUGAAGAAAUGAACUGGAUGAGCGAAGAGGAGGCGAAAUACAUGAUACGGACGGCCUGUAGGUGGCAAUUAGCCGUGUAUUUGGAGAAGUGA